AUGGCUGAUCUCGCCAACAAGCCCGUACAUCGUUUGAGUGUGGUUUGGAAGAGCUUCAAUUGUGACGUCAAUAGCGAUAUUGUAACGUCCCGCAAAUGCAGCAUAGUAGAUGCAGAAAGUACUCUUUUGACCACCGAAAUAAUAUAUAAUCAGGAUUUUCAUCAGUAUAACGCCAGCUUUUCAUUAUAUACACGCCCAACGUUGAAGGAAUUUCAGAGGAUUUUCAAAUUGAACAUCGAUCUAUGCCAGUUCCAUAAGACCUCACUCAGGAACCAGUUCCUGGACAUCGCCUACAAAAGCAUUGUAAGGGACAGUAAUUUUCCAAAAAAAUGUCCUCAUCCCAAGGGCCUAUACUACUUUCGCAACAUAAACGUAGCUGAACAUCUGCCGCUCAUUAUGCCCACAGGAGAUUUUAAGUUAUAUUUGAACUUGUUUACAACUGAUUGCUCACAAUAUCAAACAACGCAAUCGGAUAAAAUUGGAAUUUCUUUGAAGAACAACAAUGAAAUGCUUGUUAGAAUUGGCAAUUACCAAGGGUUAUACGUGGCCUGUCUAUCAAGUGGCGAUGAUUACGCAGAUCAGACAGACAUCUCCAUCCAUUACUAG